AGGUAAUGUAAACAUUUCAGUUACACGUGAGAGAGGAAGCAGGCAUGUCAGCUCUUUGUCCACCACCGUCUCCUGCAGUUGCUAAAACAGAGAUCUCUUUGAAUGGCGAGUCACCUUUAUUAGCUGCCACUUUUGCUUACUGGGACAAUAUUCUUGGCCCCCGAGUGCGGCAUAUCUGGGCCCCAAAGACAGAACAGGUACUUCUCAGUGAUGGUGAGAUAACUUUCCUUGCUAACCACACCCUGAAUGGAGAAAUACUUCGGAAUGCAGAAAGCGGUGCAAUAGAUGUGAAGUUCUUUGUCUUGGCAGAAAAAAGGGUAAUCAUUGUGUCAUUAAUCUUUGAUGGAAACUGGAAUGGAGACAGAAGCACAUAUGGACUAUCAAUUAUACUUCCACAAAGUGAACUUGGCUUCUACCUGCCCCUUCACAGGGUGUGCGUGGAUAGGUUAACACAUAUUAUAAGGAAAGGAAGAAUAUGGAUGCAUAAGGAGAGGCAAGAACAUUUCCAGAAGAUUGUCUUGGAAGGCACGGAGAGAAUGGAGGAUCAGGGCCAGAGCAUCAUUCCAAUGCUGACAGGAGAAGUCAUUCCCGUAAUGGAACUCCUUUCAUCUAUGAAAUCACACAGUGUUCCGGAAGAAAUAGAUAUAAGUGACACAGUGCUAAACGAUGACGACAUUGGGGAUAGUUGCCAUGAAGGCUUUCUGCUCAAUGCAAUUAGUUCACACCUGCAGACCUGUGGUUGUUCUGUAGUUGUAGGAAGCAGCGCAGAAAAAGUGAAUAAGAUUGUGAGAACAUUGUGUCUGUUUCUUACGCCGUCAGAACGGAAGUGUUCUAGACUCUGUAGAAGUGAGUCGUCUUUCAAAUAUGAGUCAGGACUUUUUGUUCAAGGCUUACUCAAAGAUGCAACAGGAAGCUUUGUGUUGCCCUUCCGUCAAGUAAUGUAUGCCCCAUAUCCUACUACACAUAUAGAUGUAGAUAUCAAUACAGUGAAGCAGAUGCCCCCUUGUCAUGAACACAUCUAUAACCAACGACGAUAUAUGAGAUCCGAGCUGACAGCAUUUUGGAGAGCUAAUUCAGAUGAAGAAAUGUCUCAAGAUCAUAUUAUCCACACAGAUGAGAGUUUCACACCUGAUUUAAAUGUCUUUCAAGAUAUCCUGCAUCGAGAUACAUUAGUAAAAGCCUUCCUGGAUCAGAUCUUCCAUCUGAAGCCCGGCUUGUCUCUAAGGAGUACUUUCCUUGCACAAUUUCUGCUAGUCCUUCACAGAAAAGCCUUAACUUUAAUAAAAUACAUAGAAGAUGACACGCAAAAAGGAAAAAAACCUUUUAAGUCUCUUCGUAGCUUAAAGAUAGAUCUUGAUUUAACAGCAGAGGGCGAUCUUAACAUAAUAAUGGCUUUGGCUGAGAAGAUUAAACCAGGUCUACAUUCCUUUAUCUUUGGGAGGCCGUUCUACACUAGCGUACAAGAACGUGAUAUGCUCAUGACGUUUUAAAGUUCUCCACUGCUAAUGUGUAAUAUUGCAGUCUUGCACGGCACAAAAAGAAAUCCGUCAGUGUGACCACCACGCUUGUGACAAUCAUUGACCUGUUUGAGGAUGGAUCAUUAGGAGCACAGUAACACUACAGUCUCUCCGAAGCAGGAGGGGUCUUGUUAGAGGGAAUAUCAACUUAGGUAGACAAGCAUGAUUUUAAUGAAUCCGUCUCUUCUGUGUGCUUUUUUUAACAGUAAAAGUAAAUGUUACCAGAGGUUCCUUUGCCAUAUGAGCUUAGUAGAUAAAUUUGAACAUGUUUUGGUGUACAAUAAAGGGAAGCAUCUUAAUUUUCUUUCCC